GAGCGCCGCGCCGGCGCCACUCGGUGGGCACCACCGCGAAGAACGGUGACGCGGCGACGCCCGCGAAGGGCAGCCCAUCGCGCACCAACGGUGACGACAACAACCAUGUUCCACAUGCAGCUCUCCAAGCUCGUGGGCAUCGCGCAGGCGGCAAAAAAGGACGGGAGCCUCGCGGCCGGCAAACCGUCGGCGAAGACGAUGAGCAUGAUGGAGCGCUGCGAGAAGCCGGCGCUCUGGUACCGCAUGGAGCGCCUGAAGCGCCACGGGCUGGCGCUGGCCGCGGUGCAGCAGGACGGCAUGGCCCUGAAGCUGCAGAACAAAUUGAUUAGAAGGGACCGAGGCAUCGUCUUGGCGGCCGUGAAGCAGAACGGCAUGGCGCUGCAGUUCGCGGAUCCUGAUAAUCAAGAAAAAUUGAAUCGAGAUCGGGAGAUCGUGAUGACUGCAGUUGGUAGUAAUGGUUUAGCACUGGAGUUUGUCGACUAUUCGUUGAGGCGAGACCGCGACGUCGUGUUGCUGGCCGUGCGCUCGCACGGCGGUGCUUUAGAAUUUGCGUCGGCGAAGCUGAAGCGGGACAAGAUUCUUGUGUUGUAUGCGUGUCGGGAACACAUCGACGCGCUGCAAUUCGCUGGUCCGGAACUCCAAGACGACGCGGCGUUCGUCCAUCGGGCGGUGCGCGAGAACAAGCGCAAGCUGCGGUUCAUGGACCAGAAAGCUCGAGCGUCGGUGCGGAAAAAAUGGAACGAUUACAUCGAGGACGAAGGCGCGCGGGCCGCCGCGUGGAACCAGCCGGAUCCCAUCCAGAAGAUCCACGUGGAACACUGGGCGCGUCAAUUAGAUGAUCGCGUGCGCGACGCGCGCGAAAAGGGCAUUCCCGUGCCGUCGCGAGAGCUAGGCAGGCGAUUCGUGAAGGGGCAGUAUAUAAUUUGUUGAUGUGAU